AUGGCUGCACCAAUGAAAUGCAUGGCCACGGCUGUGAGGAGUAUUUCAGGUCCACGAGCGGCGCGCGUUACGCAUCGAACAUUCGCCUUUAGCACAUCGAGUCCGGUCGCAUCGUCGCGGAAACCAUCAGCGGGCAACGCAACGUGUCGGAGGGAAUUACAGACAACGCGCAUUGGACCAAGGAACGCUGCAAGUAGCUGCCAAGGACACACAAGGGGUUUUUCGCAAUCGACACCACGGAGCAAGCUCAAGACAAUAGAUCAGAUCCGGGCCAGGAACAAGGGCGGGCCAUUCAAUCUCACAGCAGCCAUCCUCUUCGUCGCAGCAGGUGGAGGAUUAUGGGCCUACUUCACAUACGAGAAAGAGCGCAUGGCAAGAAAGCGAAUCGCCGAGCAAACAAAGGGUAUCGGAAAGCCUAAAGUAGGCGGUCCAUUCCAGCUCCAAGACCACAACGGCCAGCCAUUCAGCAACGAGGAUAUGCUAGGCAAAUACUCCCUCGUCUACUUUGGUUUCACUCACUGUCCCGACAUCUGCCCCGACGAGCUCGACAAAAUGGCUCUCAUGUACGACAAAGUCGUCGCCGAAUGCGGCAACGUCAUCCUCCCCGUUAUGAUCACAUGCGAUCCUGCACGCGACAACCCCAAGGUGCUCAAGGAAUACCUGGCAGAGUUCCAUCCUGACUUCAUCGGCUUGACAGGCACUCACGAGGAGAUCAAGGAUACAUGUAAAGCGUAUCGGGUGUACUUCAGCACCCCCAAGGACGUCAAGCCUGGUCAAGACUACCUGGUUGAUCACAGUAUCUACUUCUAUUUGAUGGACCCAGAAGGCGAUUUUGUCGAAGCCAUCGGGCGCAACUUCACGGCGGAACAGGCUGCGAAGGUCAUCUCAGACCACAUCAAGGAUUGGGAAAAGCCGUUGAAGAAAGAGACGAGAUGGGAGUAG